AUGAGGAUUCCUUUGCAUCAAGCUGCUUGGGCUGGAAAACUCGAUGUUGUACAAUUGAUGUACGAGGGGAAUCCCACUGCUAUGAACACUUCAGACUGUUUUAAUCUAACACCGCUGUACUGCGCGGUCCAAAAUGGGCAAGAAGCAGUUGUCCAAUGGCUUCUCGAACAUACCAGGGCCGAAGUAAACCACAUAUUGCAAGGAAACUCGCUCGUGCUCUCGGCUAUCAGAGAGAGUCACGCGAAUGUCGUUGAAAUUCUGAUCAAGCACGGCGCCAACGUAACGAGCAGGAGUAGGUAUGGGAGGAGCCUACCACAUGAGUCGAUUCUUUACGGGAAUGAAGAAAUCACCGGGAUGCUUUUGAAAGCAGGAGCAAGAAAUAAUUUUGAUGAUGAUGGGAUUUCAGUCAUCAAAAUGACGAAGGGGGAUGAGAAAGAACGGGUUUCCGGGAGUCUACUUGAGAAGUACGAUGUAAAUUUGGGUGAAGAGUAG